GAGCGCGCAGGGGAGCGGGAGAGGCGCCUCCCGGUCCCGGUCCCGGUCCCGGUGCCGGUCCCGCGGCCCAUCCUGGCUGCCCCGACCAUGCUGUCGCGGGGGGCGGCGGGCUGGCGGGCGCUGCGCUGGGCGGGCAGGCGGCCGCGGGCUCGUGGGCUCCGCGCCUCUCCGCGGGCUUGGAGCGCCAUGCCCAGCUGGGUCAUAGACCGGUACGGCAGUAACGAGGUGCUGCGCUUCACCAGGGACAUGGUGUUCCCCAUCAUACACUUCCCGAACGAGGUCAUCAUUAGGGUUCACGCUGCGAGCCUGAACCCCAUCGACCUCAGCAUGAGAAGUGGUUAUGGUGCAACCGCCUUAAAUAUGAAGCGAGAUCCCCUGAAAAUCAAAACCGAGGAGACUGAAUUUCCACUGACACUUGGUCGAGAUGUCUCUGGUGUUGUUAUGGAAUGUGGACUGAGUGUGUCUUAUUUCAAACCUGGAGAUGAGGUGUGGGCAGCAAUUCCUCCAUGGAAACAGGGCACUCUGUCAGAGUUUGUGGUAGCUAGUGGAAACGAGGUGUCUUUUAAGCCAAAGUGUCUCAGUCACAUAGAAGCUGCUGCCUUGCCAUAUGUUGGUCUCACUGCAUGGUCUGCACUUAACCAAGUAGGAGGACUGAACAAAAGUAAUUGUAGUGGGAAAAGAGUAUUAAUAUUAGGAGCUUCAGGAGGAGUUGGUACAUUUGCUGUACAGCUAGUGAAGGCCUGGGGUGCUCAUGUGACAGCAGUUUGUUCUCAUGAUGCCAGCACACUGGUGAAAAAGCUUGGAGCGGAUGAUGUGAUUGAUUACAAAUCUGGAAAUCUGGAAGAGCAACUUAAAACAUUACCCUUAUUCGAUUUUAUCCUAGAUAAUGUUGGUGGAUCCACUGAGAAGUGGGCAUUAGAUCUCCUGAAGAAAUGGUCAGGAGCAACAUAUGUUACCUUAGUGACACCUUUCCUGAUCAAUAUGGACAAACUUGGAGUGGCUGACGGCAUGUUACAAACAGGAGUCACUGUUGGUUCCAAAACUCUAAAGCAUCUUCUUAAAGGAGUCCAUUAUCGGUGGGCUUUUUUCAUGCCAAGUGGCCCAAGUUUGGAUGAAAUAGCAGAACUAGUUGAUUCUGGAAAGGUCUCUCUUCUGUUUUGUGAAAGUGUACAGUGUCCUGUCACUAACUCUAAAUGGCAUAUCCUGGCUUUCCCAGCCGGCCAUAUGAUGAACCUGACAAGUCUCUUCAGUUUCCCAGCUGUGCACAGGACUCUGGAGAGCAGCCUCCAACAAGCAGGGUGAGCUUCUGUUUUGCCGGGCACCCACUUGGGAAAAAACCCUUACAAACCGUCUAUCCAUUUUCAUGUUUAAAAAAUCUUGAGCCAUGGUUGAUUGACUGCUUGUUUUAAGCGGAUAAGUGAAGGAGCAUUCCAGCUGAUUCACUGUAAUUCAGUUCUUGAGACAAUAAAACCAGAAAGGUGAAGUUUUUCCUGAGUACCCUUUUGCAAACCCAUUAUUAUAUGCAACUGGAACUACAGAGCAAUAAAUUACACAUAUAUGUAUACAUAUACACAUUCCUAAUUUUCAUAUGCAUUAUAUAGCUUAUAGAGUGGCAAAAAUCUGGUCAGGAGGAAUGAACUAUUAGUAAAAGCUUUGUGUUGCAACCUUCUCAGAUCUGAGGGUGCUCAGAUGUACUGUGCAUAUGCUGAGCCACCUGGUCACAUAGCAUGGCAAAAUGGUAAUAGGGUCACACCCAAGGAGAGAGCAGAGCUAGCUGCCAAGGUCCUGAAAACCAUUCCAACGCAUUGCACAAGUGUGGAAGUGGUACAAGAAAAGCAUGAUGCAAAACAGUGUCAGCUCUCCACAAAGAUCACUCCACACUAGCCCAGCGUGGAGGACAGAAACACAACCCCUGGUGAUUCAAAGAGCAACUUCACAGGACUGUAUCCACCAAGGAAAAGAGAAGGGAGGAUUAUGCCCUUUGGGAAGAAGGCAGUGAAGCGCCUGGUGUCAUCCUACAGAAGAGUUACAUACUAGCGUAAGCAACACCUGUGAAAUGUUGAAAUGCUAUGUAGCUCGGUGUUUGGCAUGAUGAUACAUAAAGGUGGGGCAGAUAAAGGAUGGUCACUGAUACCAUUAAACUGCCUGGUGCACACUCCCAUGUCAUCAUUACCAGAGCCAUUAGGUACUGUCCACACUUGAUCACUGAUGACAGAUCUCCUUAAUAAUUUGCAAUGCGUGAAUGGUUCAUUGCCUUCCCUGGGCAAUACCACACUGAGUAUGUGGCUAUCCACAUUAUCUCACUCAUGCAAAGCGCAGUAGUGUGCCAGUUUGACAGACCUUUUAUUUUGGCACUGCUAGGGAGACUGUAGUUUAUUCAGCAAUCCAGUCCUGAAGACCUCAGCACUAUCACAGUCCAGGAACACUGCUCACAUGACUUAAAGCCUAACCCUCUCAAACAGAAACAAAUUUUCAUCCAUUUCUUCCACUAAAUUUGUUCAGAGCAUUAUAUGGAGCAUGCAAUAAUUAAGAUGAAAUUUGAUUCCAGACAUAGCUCAACAUGAAGACUAUUCAGGAUUCAAGUCCAAUGUAAAGUUGAACAUAACCUUUUUAUACUUCACUUGCAUCAAGGCAAAUGUACUGAACUGCUUAGAAGGAGACUUGUCCAAGUGACAACUGUGUUAAGGUUACCAGCCAACAGUAAAUACACAUAGGCCAUCUGAUACAAGUUACAGUUUUUUGGUUUGGGUUUUUUUUUUUAACUGUAUAUAUAAAACCCCAACAAUCUCAAUAAACUUUGUGAGUACUUGAAAGAUGUCUAUCAGAGUAAGAAUUUACUGGUAUUCCUAUUCUGCCUUCAAAUAUGUUCUAAAUGGGUGGAGGGAACCUUCUAAACUCAGUACAUCCACUGCCAUCUUGAGUGCCAAAGUGUUAGACUACAAGACAGAUUCCUCUUGCACCAAUAUUCCAGGACCUAUGUUCCUUCUAUGACAAGUAACUCCAUGCCAUCAUCCCUCCUGUCUUUUGCACUUCUCUAAGGCCCAUGUUCGUUGUCAGCUGUGGUCCUGUACACCUACAAUCAACCACAGCAUAAAUGCUCUUCUAUUGAACUCACUGAAAAGCAGCAGAAAUACAAGAGGAAAGGAUGUUUUCAAGGUCUCUCAGAACCAGCCAAAUGAAUUGGACAUAAAGUAGAUGCUAUAUUUAGGAAAUAAGAGAGUUGGUGUCCUAAGCCAUAUUGGAAACAGCAAAAUGAAAACCUUUAUAAGUUAAUACUGAAAUGAAUUUGUGGUUCAAAUGGGGAUAAGAGGAAUAAUGAGCUGGGAAUAUGGAAAAAAAGUGGACCGACAAGGGAACUGCCAUGAUGCCAUCAGUCUAGUCAGCAGCCAGGUAUUUUAUUAAGCAGAGGAGUAAUUUUGUUGAGCAAUACUCAGAGAGGUUUUGUCACGGAUAGCUGAGAAUGUCUCUUGUGCUGCAAUUAGCCACAAAUUUCCAGACUUUUUGGAAGACAAAAGGACAAGCAGGUCUUUGGUGAGCUGUGUUACAAAGCCAAAUCAUAAUAAUCAGAUAGUUUUAUAGUGGACUUGAUGCCUGAGUUUUUUGACAUUGGGAUUUCUCAGAAUUUUGGUCUCUGCCUACACAGUAAGUACAACACUGCAUGUAUAACUAGUUGCUUGGUUCUUCUGUCUUCAAUAUUAGCAAAUAUGGCUGAAUUGAGGGCACCUGUUAUUUUCUUCUAUUAAAGAAUCAUGGUUUUGCAUAUAGACCAACUGCUGCAGUCUCAUAAAUGCUUGCUAUGUCCUGGGAGACCUGGGAAGAAUAAACACUUAACCAAAGGUUUAUAUCAUUAUGGAUACACUUAACUAAGGAAUUCUUAAUUCUGUCAUGUGUCUCAGACAGAUCAGUCAUGUUAGAAAGACAAUUCCACUAUGAAUUGCUUACUCUUCUGGGGAUGCGAUUAGCAGAAUUGUAGUUCUUUGAAAGACAUAAAAUAAACCUGACUUACAGCAGAAUCCUAGAAAAGAACAAACAUUUUAUCAUGUAACUGUAAAUUACAGAAACUGCUUAUUUAGUCUUCUAAACACUUCUAAUUCAUUAUUUGGGUGAGCUUUCUUUUCCUAUCUGCUGUGAAUUUAAUCUAUAAAUAAUUAAUUGUUCUUGCUUUGGGGUUUUGCCUUGCUCUGGUGCAAUCUUUUUGGUCUCUCCUCUCUGGUAUCCCUCUUGUCCCCUCUCCUUCUCCUAUUGAGGCCGUAACAAAAAACAGACAUGGAUAAAGCAAUGGACGUACAAUUAUUGCUGCCCAAAAGCAAAUGGGCUUGAUGAACACAAAUUCAUUUUACAUUUAUCUUUCCUUUUUUCUUUAAAGCAGACAUGAUAUCUAUCAGCCCGAGAAGCUUCCCUAAUGGUGACUUACAACUACAGCUAGCUGUCCAAGUGUCCUGAUUCAGCAUUCCUACAGGUACAACAGUACCCGUGCACUAUUAAAAGUAAAUUACUUGUAUGAGGGCUCAGUACUUCUACAGUUUUUAGUGUUAAUGUUGAGAAAUAUUUAUGUUAAAAGACAGUACCGUAUGUUAUUAAAACUGAAAGAAUUAACAAAAAUGUA